GUGUAAUACUUCUAAGAAAGCUUUAGUAUGACCAUUACACAGCAAACGUAAAGUGAUUCUUAAAAUUUAUUUUUUUUUGUCAGUUGAAUCUUGAAAUUCUAUUGAAGUAGAUGUGUAGUAUGCUGGACCAGCAAUAUACCUUAAAUUUAGUGAAGAACAACAGUGAAUAAUACAUUUUGGUGGAACGUUUAAAGUGACCAUCGUUCGAAAUGUUUUUGGUAUCUGUGAUUUAUAUUUUGAUAACGGUUGGAACAACAUAUGCCGGUGAUGAAACCGAAGUGACUGUCAAGCAUUUGGAUCCUGAGGAAGGAACGGCCGGAUACGAUUUAUUCUAUUACGAUGGAGAAUCGUUACGCGAUGAGAAAUGGCGAUUUGAUCCGAAGUCCGGAUCAACCGUUGUGAGUCGACGGAACGGUUUCCGCGACAAGGAUAACUUUCAUCUCGUAGACGCUACUUUGGAUGCACUCGGAAGCUUCACAAAGUCUUAUAAGAUGAAAAACGAACCAAGUUUUUUAAAAGAGCGAGUAAGAGAACCACAAAUGCACAAAAAUGGUGAUAAUAUUGGCAACGAAGAUGUCAACAUGUCGAAUGCAUUUUCUGGUGUUAGUUUCAAUACACAGUACAGCACACAAAACGGAUUCCCUCAUGUAUCGAAUGUUGUCGGAAUUCAACAAAUUAAUGCACCCAAUCAAUACAAUGGUCUGAACUUCCAGCAAGCAUUUUCUACAUCCGGAUUUGGCGUUCAGCAACACGGUUCAUUGUUUAAUCAUCAGACACAAUUCCCCCCAUCGAAUCCGACAGUGACAUUCCCAAACAAUCAAAAUUUUCAGCUGUCCAGUUUCAUAACACAAUUUUUAAAUCAACACAACAACCAUAAUCAACAUCUACCAUUCGGUUCGUUUCCAUCAUCGUUUGGAACAUUCGGUUCCGGAAUGGGUCACGAGCACGCUACGGAAAAGCCUGUCGCUACAAGUACCAUACAAAACACGCCACAAAGUACAACUGAACCAAUUGUAAAUGAGCAAACAACUGCAACAACUGCAAGAACGACAACUACGACGACAACAACAUCAGAUCCAACAUUAAACUUUGACGUGCGACUCGAAAAGGAUGAACAAGAAUCAGCAAAUGAAACUGAUACAGGAAAUGUACAAACGACAUCACGGCGUACUAUUGAAGGACUACCAUCGUCAGACGAAGAUUAUUCCGAGGAUGGAGGAGUUUUAGAUGAUAAGAUCGGUCCAAAGGUAUUGUUAUCAGCGGUGGGGUAGAUGGAUUAAGAUAGAAGAAAAAUCAAAUUCAUUAAAUUGAUAGAUCACUGA